UGGUCCAAUUUGUGAUUGGGCGAAUUGACACGCAAGUUGUGAAAGAAUGGCUGCACAACCUCGACAAGAGUAUAGACUAGACCAGCGUCUUCGAAAACGACGAAGAAGCAACUUUGACAAGCCAAACCUUGCUUGGAAAAGAGGAAAAGGAAACGAGGACGGGCGGCCUACUGUUGCCUUUUCAGCCGAGCGGAAUGAAAAUUGUCGGAAAGCAACUGCUCAUCAUAAUGAGCUCGCUUGUCAACCCAGUCUCCCUAGUAAUUCUAAACAGGAAAACAUACUGCGUUAUUUCACUCAAUACUCCGGUUCCAAUAUGGACGAAGUUGCGAGUGCCGAUAAUUCUGGGGAGAGGAGUAGGCACUGGGAGACCACCGAACAUGAAGGUGUAGUCACCGAUGCUAGUUGGGAUUACGUGAGACUACAAACUUCGGAAGAGUCCUUUUUUGACGGCGCGUCUGUCAGCUCGCUAUUGAAUAGUCCCUUAGAGGAACCUUAUGAAGAAGAUGAUAUUGAGGACGACGAACCACUUUGUCCAGUAGCACAGGAAAGAAGAAUAUCGUUUGGAAUUUCUGCGGAUACUCUUUUGCAACAAGUUUAUGACGUUUAUGGACGUUGAUGUGACUUCGAAGACACUAUGGAGUUUUCGGAGUGAAACGCAGUGCUCUUGGAUUUUUGAAGAAUCACAGUAGGAGCUCUUUUGUUGAGGAAGAAGCUUUUACACGAUGUGUGAGAAAAACAAGGUUACCAAUGGUUUGUUGAUAUGAGUGUUUGUGUUAAACGGCUUCGGAAGAACUUUAUUAUUGGAAGUUUGGUGUUGUCUGCUUCACAAAUGUCAACUUUUUACUUGUUUUGGUUAUAUUUAUGGCAUGAAUACCGAGUUUUGUAGUGGAAUGGAAGAUUGAAAGAGUCGAGUGAAGAAACCUUUACGUAGUCGUAGUAACUUUUGUUAUUUUUGGCAAUUGUUUUUAUAAAAUGUGUAAAUGAAUUGAAAAAUAAUGAUUCAUACUAUCGUUUUCUUCUGUCUUGUUCUGUAUAGUAAAUGGGUGACCGAUAGAAAGAGUGAGUGACAAUGAAUGAGGUUGCUCUUCGUCUUGCCACAGUGUCCAAUAUGAUGACAUGACCCAUGCAUGGACAGUUGUUAUUGCCAAGGCAGAAAUGGAUAUAGACACGAUUUUCUCGACAAAAAGUUACUCGAAAAGAGCGAAAAAUGACAAUAGGCGUGUGAAAAAAGUGCUGGAUAAAUGUUACGAUAACGGA